UUAAAGAAGGUCAUGAUGUGUUUGUAUGACAUUAUUAAGAGAUACUCCCUUGGGAAUAGCUUCAUCUUUGUCCCGAAGAACGACGAUAACACUUUUAUCUGUUGUGUCUCAUGUUUACUCCUAGUCCUCACUGAUAAGUAUUAUAGAACAUAUGAAGGAUUUAUAGAAAUGAUUCAUAUGCACUUGUUAGCUUCAUUUGCAUAUCGAUUAAUGCUAUUACAAAAGUAUCCAUACCCUUUAUUUCUCUUCUUACAUGGGAUGAGCUGUUUAUUACAAUCAUACCCUUCUAUGUUCGAGUUCAAGAAGGAGUUACUGAGCUUCAUUUUAUAUCACUCGAUCUCUAUGAAGUUCUCAACUAUGUCGGUAUGUCAAAACCCAUCGCAAUCACUUUAUUGCUACUUAUUUGAAAACAAACCACUCUUUGUUAAUGAUGACUUCAAUAACUUCGACUUCAACUUCAUCGACUUCUACAAGAUGUCACUCAUCCUUUUCCAACAAAGCUUUUACUUGAACUUCUCGUACUUCACAAAAGACAAAGCAGCACUUUUUAAGAAGUCUUCUUAUAUGAGGGAGACGGUCGACUUCAAGAAUAUGGGGUUGGCCACUCUUCCACGAUUUUUCUAUAUUAAUACUAUGAAGGGAAUCACUCGAAAACUCAUAUUGAAUAACAACAACUUGCGCUUUAUUCACGACAAGAUUGCUUUAAUACCACAUUUGGAGUCACUGAGCUUCUCGUGCAACGAUCUCCUCUUCAUCCCACAAUGGCAUUUGACACAUAUGACUUCAUUGACAUUCUUGGAUAUCUCAGAAGCAUCAACUAAUGCAAGUCACUAUGAAAUGAUUCGGUUUGAUUUGCUUACAAGCUUGAAGUUCUUGAACAUCUCGAACAGACAAGUCACACAAGACGCUUGCUUUCCUUCUUCUCUUCGCUUUCUUAUUGCAAGAAACAGUUUUAAGGUGUUACCCAAAAUCAUUCAUCGACUGCCGAAUUUAGUCUCACUCGACUUGUCCGAGAACAUCGGGCUCAACUCUUCGUCAGUCUUUUACUGCACCAAACUCAGUGCACUGACACUCUCACAUUGCAACAAAAGUAACGUCCCUAACUCGAUUAGUGCGAUGACUAAUUUGACGACGUUGGACCUCUCUUGCAACCAAUUACAGAAACUCCCGUUCUCCCUCUUUUCACUGGAAAAGUUGGUCAAUUUGGUCAUCUCAAGAAAUGACAUCAAAUACAUCUCAUCAGCCUUCUUCCAAUUGACCAAUUUAAGAAUGUUUGAUUUGGGGUAUAAUAACUCCCUUCCUAACUUCUCACAAGACUUGGAUCAAUUCAAAAAGAACCAACAGAAGGCAGUCAACAUCCACGAGAUACCUCUUCACGUCCUUUCAGACGCGGUGGGAUGGUCAAAACUGAGACAGUAUGUCAGUGAGUUCAAAAAUUCAAAGUCUGACUCGGUUAGAAUAUACGAGAAUUUCCCUUUAGAUUAUAACCAGAAGCAAUCGAACUUCCAUCUCAUCUUUCACAACUUUGAAGACAAAAUCGGAUUCGUUACACCAACAAAUGACUGUUACUUAUUGGUCUUAUUUAAAGACUCAUGGAGCACCGUUUUGACACAUUGGAAAUACCAUUUACUUCACUCGUCGUUUAAUAACAAGUACAACACAAAAGAAGUUAAAUUACAGUUCAUCAUGUUUUUCGACGAGAAGCCAAGUGACUGCGAACGCAUCAUCAACGUCGUUAAAGCAAAUAUGGACCCGUUACUCUGCGAGGGCACAGUCGUAUUUCUUCGAGAAAAGAAGAAGAAUGCGAUAGAAAAUCGCAUCAAGAAAGUCUUUGGGAAGUACACCCCGACACUCUAUGAUGACAACUUAAUGAAAAUAGCAAAAGAGGUCAAAAUGGCCAGUUUUAAUCCUCCUGUUAUGAAACAAGGACUCUUCUUCAAGACACUGCAUACCUUUGAUAUUCCCAAUUUCACUGUUUUGUUGAAUGCAUUACACCGGCUGGGCGUUGUGUUGUCUGUCAAUCAGUCUCUAGAAGGUAUUAAAAUCAACGAAAAGGUGCAGAAAGUAACAAUGAAGACGAGUGCUGAUCUCUCAAACAGUAACUUUGUCAUAGCAGACAUCGACUUCUUAAGAGUGGUGGACGCUUUGUUAGUCAAGAACGCAAGAAGUGGAUUUGGGUUCUUGGAGGACAUCAAUUCGAGUCUUAAUGAAUACCAUAUGAGUCUUGAAAUGUUGAAUGGGAUAGUAUUAUAUUUAGAAAUGUACUACGACACGUUUGUGGUCAGAGAGGAGUUCCUUUCAGCAUUCAACCUCCACGAGAAGUACUUCCAAUUUGUCCAAAACAAAACAAACCUCAGCGAGUUUCUAACGAAGAAAGAAGAUUCCAAAGAAAGUCAAAUUCCUCCAGUCAAAGAAGUCCAACAAAACAUCACAAACGCACCUGAAAACCCAUUUGCGAUGUGGGACGGAAGUUCAAGUAGUUCCGGAAGCUGCAAAACCCCAACAAAAAACUUGGCGGACUCCAAUGGAAAGUCGCUGUACUUCCAACCCCGAAACAUUCGAUCGUUGACACAAGAUGAGAUCGAAACGUAUUGGCCAAGUCUGCAUAACACUAAGGAAAUCGACUUUGGCAGGAAGAUGACUGGUAUCUUCUUCCCGCCAUUACUGUUUUCUACAUAUGUGGUGUACGCAAAUUUAGAAGGCAUGAACGUGAUCAAAACAACGAAGAGUCAGUGCUUUAUGUCGAAGGUGGUGGAAGAUCAACACUACUACUUCUUUGUCUAUUAUUCCGAACGACAAUUUGUCAUCAGAACACGAUUUAGAGCAAUAACAGUGAAGUCAGUGUUUCUUGGUGGGAAGCUGAUGGGAGAGAUGGUGAAGAUCUUUGAGAACGUCCAACGCGUGAUGUUCCCUCGAGUCCAUUAUGAAGAGCGGAUUUUGUGUCCCAAGUGCUUAACCCUAGGGGGAGAAGACUUGGGAAGUUGUGUACCGAAGAAGGAAAUAGACUUUGCACUUGCAAACAAUUACCCAAAGGUAGCAUUUGAACAAGGACACGAGUGUUAUGUGUCGACUUGUGCGUUGGACUUAGUCAUCGCAGACUUGAGGAAUUCGAAGAACCCUAUUCAAUUCUUCGACCUUCAAAAAAUGGUGGACACACAACUGGAAGGAGACUUACUUGGGAUAGGAAGCUCUGCAAAGGUGUUUCUGACGACAGUCAAUGGGAACAAAGCAGCUGUUAAAUUGUUUUCAAUGGACCCUUCGAUGUUUUCGGCGACAAAAGGAGAGGGGUGUGCUAUGUUUGCCGUCUCAAAAAGUUUGACUGAGUUAAAGCGGGAGCUCUUUGUGAUGAAACGCAUUGAUUCCCCGUACAUAGUUAAACUCUAUGGGAUAUCUCUUGAGCCUGUCGCACUUAUAAUGGAUUACUGUGACAAGGGGACAUUGUAUGACUACAUUCAGAAUCAAAAGAAUGAAAUGACAUGGAAAGACAUAGUCCAUUUUUCGUAUCAAAUAGCAAGUGGGAUGGCAGAGAUACAUUCGUUGAAAUUGAUUCAUCGCGAUUUAAAAAGUCCCAACAUUUUAUUAAAGACUGAAAAUGGUGAAGUGAAGUGCUUGGUGUCUGAUUUUGGUACCUCGGGACCACAACUCAGAGAAGAGAAUGUCUUUGUCGACAACCCUAAAUGGGUUGCUCCUGAAGUCUUACGAGGAAGUCCUUUUAUCCAUAAAAGUGAUGUGUACAGCUUUGGGAUCAUCAUGUGGGAAUUAGUCGAGCGAAAAGAGCCAUUUGGUGACGCGCGAUUUCCGUCUCAAUUGAAACAGGCUAUUAUCAAAGGUGUCAGACCGUGUUGGUCUGAGGACAGAUACCCAUACAAUGAAUUCAUUUUACUCACCGAAGCCAGUUGGUCUGAAGACCCCAACUUACGACCGAGUUUUGAAGAGAUAGUGUCAACCCUUCAGAAGUUAAAAACUACGAUUGAUCAAGACUUUAUGCCUAUUGAAUAUUAA